AUUUGGCUUGUGUGGGUCGGGAAAUGAGUCACGGAGAGAGCAAUUAAAGGACGUUUGCCUGAAGUUCGUAUUCCCCAGAAGCCACAAAAAACAGAUGGAGUCAUGUUGCUGCCAGAAGGGCGAGAAAGGUGGAAGAGAAGCGUUAGCUCUCCUGGUAAGAGCGUCUGCAGAGUAAGGCGGAGGCGGAGCCCCCAUUCCACUGCUCCGAGCCCCACAGAACUGCAAACCAUCCCCUAAAACUCCAAUACUGUUGGGUGUAGGAAAGCGGCAAGGCAGAUAGGAAGGACCUGACUAAAAAAGACGGGGAGCAGAAACUAAUCCAAGAAAAGACUACAAAAAAAGAAGGCUAAACUCUGGGGGAGAUACAAAGCGCUACAGCCGAGACCACGUGCUGACAUUUCAACAACCUGGGAAUCAAAACAAACCUGCGUGGCCCCGCCCAGCGCCCGUCACGUGACUGCCGCGUGAGUGGUGCUUCCGGGGGAGCCUUGGAGUUGCUAGCGCGGCUCCUUCCUGUCCUGCGACUCCAGAGCCCGGUUUUUGGCGGUCCUCUGAACCCACUCCCACUCCACUCCACUUUUGGGUUGGGGCGGAGCUAGCCAUGGCAGCAACCCCGGGGACGACCCCUGAAACGGCCCCCGAAGCUGGAGCUGGACAGGUGGAAGGUAGGCGCCAGGCUGAAGUCAGAUCAUGAGUACAACCCUGUGCCAGCUCAUUCUUGGCACUUCUCCUGUGGCCUGUUGGUCUAGCUCUUAUUUCACGUCUCUCCGACACGGCAUUAAACUGUGAAGAAAUUAUUAUUUUUUAGUGAACGUGGCUUUUCUCAAAUUGAGGCAUCCAGAUUUCCAGUCAUCGUGCAGGCCCUGUAUCCCCACAUCCUGCCAGGGCUGAUUCACGCAUGAGGGUGAUUUGAAUGGAUUAAAAUUAAAUCUGUGAAAGUGGAGCCCACUCUUGAGGUGAACACGUCAAACCUUUUACACCAGAGAAAGCAAAAGAAAUUAUAAUGUCUUUACAACAACCUGCAAUCUUCUGUAACAUGGCUUUUGAUUGGCCAGCACAACACUGGACUGUUAAACACCUUUCUGAGGUCCUUCAUGGCAAGCAGAUACGAUUCAGGAUGGGAAUGAAAAGAACAGAUACAGUUCCUCAGUUUGAAACGACAUGUGGUUAUGUAGAAGCUACCCUUGAAGAGUUCCUGAGCUGGAACUGUGACCAGCCUACUAUAUAUGGACCAUUUAGAGAUUAUGAUCAUUCCAAAUUCUGGGCUUAUGCUGACUAUAAAUAUUUUGUCAGCCUAUUUGACGACAAGGCAGAUAUUUUCCAGGAUGUGAUAUGGUCUGACUUCGGGUUUCCUGGAAGAAAUGGACGGGAAAGUACAUUGUGGAUUGGCUCCAUGGGGGCCCAUACGCCCUGUCAUCUGGACUCCUAUGGUUGCAACUUAGUAUUCCAGGUACAAGGAAGGAAAAGAUGGCAUCUCUUUCCUCCCGAAGACACUCCUUUCCUUUAUCCAACAAGAAUCCCUUAUGAAGAAUCUAGUGUGUUCAGUAAAAUCAAUGUUGUCAAUCCUGAUUUAAAACGUUUUCCUCAGUUCUGCAAAGCUCGAAGACAUAUGGUUACACUAAACCCAGGACAGGUUCUUUUUGUUCCCAGACACUGGUGGCAUUACGUAGAAUCCAUUGAUCCUGUCACUGUCAGUAUAAACUCAUGGAUUGAGCUGGAAGAGGACCACCAAGCCCGGGUAGAAGAGGCAAUCACACGCAUGCUUGUGUGUGCCCUGAAGACUGCAGAGGAUCCACACAAUACCAGAGCUUGGUUAAACCCAACCGAGGUUGAGGAAACAUCCCAUGAAGUCAAUUGUCGCUACUUAAAUAGAGCCGUUUCUGCCCUUUUUGAUCAUUACAGAACAUCUAAGGUAGUAGAAAUCCAAGCACUGAGAACAAAUAGAGAGGACAUGAAAAAGGAGGGAUCAGAUGUGCACAAUCACAUGGAGGUGGGACAAACAGGUGGCCAGGACUUACUCUUGGGAAUGGGAAAACAGGAGGCAGCAAGUCCCUUUGGCCCUGAUCUGGUUCCUGUAAUACUGGGUUCUGAAGAACUACCCUCAGAGAGAGGAGGCAUAUUUGAAGGUGAUGGUAAAGACUUUGUUGGCGAAGGUGGAGAACACUCUGGAAAAUUGCAUUGUACCAAGAGGCAACGAAUGAUGAGUAAAAGUGAGGAUGCAGUUGUGGAACAAAUCUCUUCAAAUAGUAGUAUGGCUCCUUCUCAAACAUUCAUUUCUACAGAUGACUUGCUAGACUGCUUGGUGAAUCCACAAGUAACCAGGAUAGUGGCACAACUUCUGAUACAAGGAAGAAGUUUGUGGUUCUAAGGAAAUGACUUUUAAAAUAAUACUUUAAAAAUAUCUUUUGAGUAGUAUGAUUGUUAAAUAAAAGAUGGCAGAGCAAAAAGUUAA